CGUUAUGCAUUUAUGGCAUUAUUGCUUUCUUACUGUUUAGUCUUCACCCCAUUUACCAAAGUUGUGAUGUUUUUGAGUUAGUUUCUUGUAGUAUGACAUCUUGUGCUCUUUACUUGAAUUUGAUACUGGGUUUAUGAUAUAAACUUGAAGUAUUUGAUUCUUCUUUAAAAAAAUGAAAUUUAGCUUGGCUUUUUGAGUUUUCUGGGUGUUAGCAUCAGAUUCAGUUCAGGGGUGACUGGUGAGUUUUACUUAUAUGAUGGUAUGAGGGAGAUUGCUUCAUGUUUAAGGUUUUACUAUAGGUUGGUUAGAAUGGACCUGUUACAGUUCACUUGGUCUUUAUCUUCAAUGUGAAGCCUUUUAGUUGUUUCUAUAUAGUUUGGUAAGGUGUAAACUAACUUCUCUUUUUGUCUUCUCUUGAUAUGGUCUUGUCAUGUAGACUUUUUCCCUUGUCUUUGUGGAUUACCUUCUAGUUCUAGCUGGCCUUUCCAUUCUUGUCUGGGUGCCUUUAAGUCUUGGGUCCUUUUCUUCUGCACAUAUAGAAAUCAAUAUCAUACCUUCAUAUGCAUAUUUCAGAAGGGUACCAUCCUUGAGAAACUUUAUAUGUGGGGGAAACUUCAAUUGAUUAUUUGAAGGACUUGUGACUUUUUUUUCUCAAACUACAGUUAUUGCUUAUAGCUAGGUGGUAAACUUUGGCUUAUUGAAUCUUAGAGGUGUGGAGUUUCUUGUGGAAGAUUGUAAAGGAACUUGAAGUAAAUUAAAUGCAUGGAUCGAGGGGACCAAAUGGCGUCAUACUAUAUGCAGAGAGGAAUACCUGGUGCUGCUGGGAACCAACCUGAAUUGCUUAAUUCAUCGAGUAUUCAGCCACUGCCUAACCCUAAUCCACAAUUUCAAUCAAACAUUGGAGGUGGUACCAUUGGAUCCACAUUGCCAUUAGAAUCUUCUGGAAUUUCAUCUCAAUGUGUCAAUGUGGGGGCUCCUUCUGGGGCACCUGUCAAAAGGAAGAGAGGGAGACCUAGAAAAUAUGGGUCUGGUCAAGGAACUGUGUCAUUGGCAUUGACUCCAACACCAGCUACUCAUCCUGGAACCUUUACACAAGGCCAGAAAAGGGGUAGAGGGCGCCCCCCUGGGUCUGGGAAGAAACAGCAAUUGGCUUCUCUAGGUGAAUUGGUGUCUGGUUCAGCCGGGAUGGGUUUCACUCCUCAUGUCAUCACUGUAGCAAUUGGAGAAGACAUUGCAACAAAGAUUAUGGCAUUUUCUCAGCAGGGACCUAGGGCUAUAUGUAUAUUGUCAGCUAAUGGUGCUGUCUCUACUGCGACACUCGUUCAGCCUUCUUCUUCAGGGGGCAGUGUCACAUAUAAGGGGCUUUUUGAGAUUUUGUGCCUGUCAGGCUCUUACUUUCUUGCUGAUGGUGGUGGCUCCCGCAGUCAAACUGGUGGAUUAAAUAUUUCCCUUGCAAGUCCUGAUGGUCGUGUCAUCGGCGGAGGAGUUGGUGGAGUGCUUAUUGCAGCAAGUCUGAUUCAGGUGAUAGUUGGGAGCUUCAUGUGGGGUGGAUCAAAGACAAAGAACAAAAACAAACAAGAUUCAGAAAAUGCAGAAGUUGCUAUGGAGUCAGAUCAUCAUGCAGUUCACAAUCCAGUUGCAGUGAAUAGCAUUUCUUCAAAUCAAAAUCUUACUCCAAUCUCAUCUCUAAGUUCUUGGCCGGCAUCGCGUCAAUUGGAUAUGCGUAAUUCCCAUAUUGGCAUUGAUUUAAUGCGUGGGUGACAAUUUAUUUAGCAUUCACCAGUACAGGAUAUCUAUUUCAAAUUCAUGGUCCCUUAUCUAAUGGAUGAAUCACACUCAUCAACCGCCAUGCCUCCACGCUCCUACUGUUGGUGCUUAUGGCGAUGUUCUGAUGGCACCUGCUUGUGGAUCCAUUCAGUGCAAAGUGCAACCACAGGUUUGUCCUCAGAAUGGUACUAGUUGUCACAUUCUGAAGGGCCACCACUUCUGCUUCUUUUUCAAAGCUGUUCAAAGUGAGAUAUGCCUUGGUGUGACUAGUCACUCGUCCGGAACAUUCAUGUUUUGUACAUUUUUCUUUGUUGGCAGCAAUGAGAAUUAUUCAUUUUGUCCCGGAGGGGCUUUUUUCCCGUUGAUUAAUUCUUCCACUCAGACGACACUGUUGUGCUCCUGAGUGGAGACAAUUUGUUAUUAUAAGAAAAACCAGUAGAAUGCAAGAUUCCUUUGAGCAAAAA